AUGGCCACGACGCAGCACGUGCUGCUGUCGCCCGCCGAGCUGGCAUUCCUCCAUACAUCGCUGGCGCAACAACCACCCAUCCGCCCCGAUGGGCGUACACCCGCACAGUUCCGUCCCCUGCGCGCCGAGACGGGCAUGCUCCCUGGCGCGAAUGGCAGUGCUCGCAUAUGCUUUUCCGAUGGGACAGAAGCCAUUGUCGGCGUCAAGGCACAGGUCGAACGCACAAGACGAGGCGAGGGCGGCGUGGGCGAUGGCGAUGACGAAGAGGAGGAGGAGGAAGACGGCUUGUGGGCCGACGCCGACGACGACGACGGCGGCGACGGCGAAGGCACAAAGGGGGGUGCUAAGAAUGGAGGUGGCGGUGGUGGUUCGGGCGGCAAUGCGUCGCCGUCGUGGGUCGAGGUGACGGUCGAGAUUCCAGGUGUGCGCGACGACGACGCGAGCACGGUCUUUCUGGGCGCUCUUCUGGCCGAGGCGCUGCUGGCGGACGGUGGGCUCACAAAGGCACUGCGCAUCAACCGGCGGUUCCACUGGAAGCUGUUUCUGGACGUGCUGCUGAUCUCGCCACCGCUGUCCUACCCGCUGCCCCUGCUGUCGCUGACGACGCAUCUGGCGCUCCUGGCGACGCGGCUGCCCCGGCUGGUGUCGGAGGGCGACGAGGACCCGUUCUUUGACGACGACUGGGAUGCAUCGACAUUCCUAUACGCACAGGAGCACACCUCCCAGUCAGAUAGCAUGGCAUCAACAUCAACACAGUCCCGGCCGCCCAUCACGCUGCUCGUCAUGACCGUCGGCGAUAACAUUCUUUUUGACCCCACGGCGGAGGAGCUGGCUGUGGCCAAUGCUGUGCUGGCCGUCUCGGUCGGCCGAGUGGCUUCUUCGUCUUCUUCUUCCUCUUCCUCCUCCUCCUCCUCCUCCCUCCGUCUUCUUGCCAUUCGCACCAUUGACCCGCCUUCUCGGCUCACGGCUCCCGGAACACCAUACGACCCCGACGCGAACAAGCCCAAGGCAACACCAACACCAACGGCACAACAAGACGGCAAACCGCCCGCUGCCACGGCUCGCCUGGCCUCGGAGACGGAAGACGUCUAUGGCGUGUGGCGGGCACCCCGUGGCGGUGCCAAAGUGGCGCUGCUGGCGGCCAUGACGCACAAGGUCCUGCAAAAAGGCGGUGUGGCUGACGAGGUCUUUGCCGGCCUGGAAGGCGUCGAGAUUGUAUAG